AUGCGGGCGCAUAGAGAGAUGCCACGGACCCUGCAGGGGCACACGCCGGACACCGUCCGGGUCGUCCGAGACCCCCGCCGUGGUGGGAGGGUGGUGGUGGUGGGGGGGGUGUCACCGGCAGGUUUUCCAGUCCCACCCAGUAAAGGACCUGUUGCGCUGCUGGGAUUCCCGGGAGCUCGGGCGCAGCCGUUGCGGGUGGCUGUGGGAUUACCCGUGGCGUUGGCACCUCCCUUACCUGCCCCCCCGUCUUUCCCCAGGGUGCGGCACCGCCAGUCGGGGCAGAUCAUGGUGCUGAAAAUGAACAAGCUGACCAGCAACCGGGGCAACAUGCUGAGGGAGGUGCAGCUGAUGAACCGCCUCUCGCACCCCAACAUCCUCAGGUUCAUGGGGGUGUGUGUGCACCAGGGACAGCUGCAUGCGCUGACGGAGUACAUCAACGGUGGGAACUUGGAGCAGCUGCUGGACAGCCCUGUGCCCCUCUCCUGGUCCAUGCGUGUCAAGCUGGCCCUCGACAUAGCCCGUGGCCUGCGCUACCUGCACUCCAAGGGCAUCUUCCACCGUGACCUCACCUCCAAGAACUGCCUGGUGCGCUGCGAGGCCAACGGCUACACAGCUGUAGUGGGUGACUUUGGCUUGGCGGAGAAGAUCCCUACCUACAGCGAGGGCAGCGAGAAGGAGCCGCUGGCUGUGGUGGGUUCCCCGUACUGGAUGGCGCCCGAGGUGCUGCGAGGGGAGAUCUACAAUGAGAAGGCCGAUGUGUUUGCGUACGGCAUCAUCCUGUGCGAGAUCAUCGCUCGAAUCCCUGCUGACCCCGACUACCUGCCCCGCACUGAGGAUUUCGGCCUGGACGUCACCACUUUCCGCACCAUGGUGGGGAUCGACUGCCCGGCCACCUUCCUCCAGCUCACUUUCCACUGCUGCAGUAUGGAGCCCACCUCCCGCCCCUCCUUCCUGGAAAUCACGCAGUGCCUGGAGGGUGUCCUGCAGCACCAACCGGGUCCCAAGGGCACCGGGACCACCCUCUUCAGUGGUGGGGAGAGUCUGCCCACGCCUGGGACACCGGCCACGCUCAACGGGGUAGCCGGGAGGGUGGCCAGCCGCGCCGAGCAGUCACCCCUACGUGAGUUGGGGACCCAGCACCUCCAGCCGGACCAGCGCCUGUCCCGCAGCCAGUCCGACGUGUUCCCCCCGAAAUCGCCCACCCUGCUGCGGCCACCAGAGCCUUACGGCGGGGCCAGGACCAAGGAGAUGUCCCCCCGCGUCAACCCCUUCUCCCAGCGCGAGGACCUGAAGGGAGGCAAGAUCAAGCUCUUUGACACGCCCAGCAAGUCGGUCAUCUCGCUCACCUUCGACCUGCCGCCCCCGGCCCCGCUCCAGCUCAGCACCCCCGUGACGCCCGAGCCCACCGUGGAGGUGCAGUGUGACUUCUCGGCCCCCACCGCCACCCCCCCCCGCAAGUGCCACUCGCUGCCCACCUCCCCCGAGCUGCCCCGCCGGGGGGGCCUGGAGCUGGGCGUGGGGUCCCCCCAUCCCACCGAUGACCCCCAGCCCCCUGCCCUCCUCCCACCCCCAUCUUGGGGACGAGCCUCCCCUCCCAGCCCCGGGGCAGAGGAGCGGAUGGACUGCGGCCUCGACAGCCCCGAGCCGCCGCAGCCCCCGCCGCCGCCCCCCCCCAACAGCAACUUCAUCCGCACGGCGUCCACGGGGGCCCGACCCUGGCAGCCGGAGCCCCGAGCCCCCAACGGGCUCCUCUUCAACAACAACCACGUGGUGGUCAGCAAACCCCUGACGUGGGGCAGCGGGCUGGAGCACGGCUUCUCCGAGCUCAGCAUCCCCUGCACGGCGACGCUGGAGCGGACGGAGCGCACGGCCAUGCUGCCCGGGCACAGCUCCGUCACCGUGCUGGAGCAGGACGAGGUGCUGCCCUGCCCCGGCUGCUGCCUGGGUCCCUUCAGCUUCGCCUCCGUCUGCCACCGGCCGGCACCCAGCCCGCCCCGCUACCAGAACCUCAACUGCGAGGCCAAGAGCCUCUGCCACGACCGGGGCCACCACCAGAAAGCCUUGGGGCCGGUGUUGGCGGAGCCCAGCCUGAAGCUGCCGGAGGCGCAGUCCUAGUGCCGGGGAUCCUUGGGGAGCAGGGAUGCGUCCGGCUGCCCCUCGGACCCCCAGCCCUCGGCUGCAGGAGAUCGGUGCGUCCGUGCAGUCUGUCCUUGCGUUGGUGGCCCUGGUUGCCCCCGUGCCGUGGCUACCACGGCGCUGCCCAGGCGCUUGGGUGCCCAUCCCACUGGGUUUGGCCUCUGGGGGGGGGUCUGUGGGGAUCCCUGGGGUGGGCUGGGUCCCUGCUGGGGAUUGAAGUGCAAUAACACCCCCUCCCCAGGCAUACUCCAGCGCUGCAGGGACGGUCCCCCCCCCGUGGGACCCCCAGGGCUUAAACCUUGGGUUGCAGGACCUCCCCUUCCCCGAGGGCUCACAUCUUUGCAGGCUCUCAUGGAGGGGUGCGCAAGGAGCCUGCCCCCCCGGGAGAACCGGGAGCCCCCCCAGCCCCCCGGGCUGGGGGGUGAGCAGGGGUGGGCUGGGGGAAGGGGGGUCAUUGUGUGUGUAUGUGUGUUUUAGGGGAUCCUGUGGGGCUGGUGGGUGUUCCCAUACUGCCCCACAAGCAUGGGGAGUGGAGCCGGUCCCUCCCUGGGCUGGCAGAGGGGCAAUGCCCCUGGGGCAGUGCACAAGGGAGGAUCAGUUGCCAGCGCUGGGGUUGCCCUUGCCCACCAGCUGCCGAGGGCUGGGUGCUGAGCUGGCACGGCGCCUCGCGUCCCCCCCCUGCACACAGGGGCAGGAGCAGGGUGCCGUUCUGGGGGGGGUAAGGGGCCGAUGGGGAUUUUGGCCAGGCUGCCUGGCCCCUGGCAAGGGUGGGAGCCGGCUUUCCUCCCUCCCGCACAAUGCACUGGUGAAUGCAGAACUCUUGUGUUUUUUAUUAUUAAUAAUAAUUGCUAGUAAUAUAUACCCAGCUUAUUUAAAGUGUUCAAUAAAAACUGAAUGUCCUAGCAACCCA